AUGAAGGCAUGGGGCCGGAAGAAUGCUCCUCUUGCUUGCGAAGUAGCUUAUCUACAGAGAAAUUCGAGAUUUGCCCCGCAGCAGAAGCUACCACGCAUUUGCAAGAAAGGUUUGGAACCCUUCAACGAGAUUAUUCUUGGAACAUCCCUUCCAGAUAACCCGACAGGGCUGGGGCGUCAAGAUCUGAAAGCAUCUACCCAACUCGCCCGACAUGCCCUUCUCCAAGAGCUGACAAAACGUCCUAUCUUUGAUCACGAACAUGAUGCGAUGGGUAAAGAAGUCCGCUGUCGCAAUCCCAAGGUCGUCAAGUUCCAAGAAUCGAUGGACACUGGUGCCGCCGACAAAGAGCCCGAAGAUGGUGAACGAAACAAGUCUGUCGAUCCUAAGAUGGCGAUCAAGUAUGGCCAUUGUGGGACUUUUGCCGGGUUUACACAGCUCUUCCAGCAACCUACUCCGAUGCAUACAUGUUCUACGUCACGUUGCGACUGGUCUUUGAAGAUGUUAUGUCAAUGUCUAAUCUAUGACUAUAUAUCUAGUAUCAAAAAAAGCUUUGAAUCUAUCUACAGAGAUCUGCCGGAGGGUUUGGAAUUCAAGGGUUUUAGCCUUGCCGUUCGUAAUUUUAAGCAUGCAGAGCAUCGGCUUGACAAGCUUUUUGAAGACUCUUUUGCCAAGAUGGAGAGCCUCGACGUCAAUUCAAUCUUAUUCUCCAUCAACGGCAAACGAAUGGGUGAACAGAGUAAAGGGAAGAAGCUCCGAGCACUAAGACAAGCCAUAGAAUCAGGCUUUGGGGAGAAUUGGAAGUCGGUGUUGCAGCCAUCUUGCGACCUUUGCCUCAAGACGCUUCCCGAUCUAGGUAUGGAUGAGAGUUACCAUACAUACCUACCCGACAAUAAGGUACAAGCGAAGCAAUGCGACCGUGACGUCAUGGGCGUCCUCGCCUAUGCUAGAGCUUUACGAGCAGGUGGCGGGGCUCCUUCUCCGCCAGGACCAGAUCCGCAAACGCCUGGGCAAGCUCAAGAUAGCAUCGGAGCUGCCGAAAGUGGGAAAGAAAAGCUUGAGACAAUUCCUGGCAAAAUCAAUUACUAUGUUAGACAAGGCAGAGGUAGGGCCAACAAUGGAGCAACCAAGAUGUAUGACGAGGAUGGUGAAAAAGAAGAGGGCAAGCGAAACCGGCAGAUCGAGCAGUUCUGGACAAUCAUCGCCGACGCAUUCUUGGCCGACGGGGAGGAUUAA